AUGUUUGGCAUUUUUAAUAUAAAAAAAUCUAAAACGUCUGAAGAUGAUACACAGAAGAACAUCUCAAUAAACACAACUAGUUCCUCUCAACAGGUCAUAACCAAAUCCAAUUUAAAUGUUUUGAUAAAUGCAAAUGAUUCUGAUCCAGAUGAUCCAAAUUCAUUUAAUAUUUCACAAAAUAACACUGAUGAGCUAAAUGAUACUUCAAAUAUUCUAAAUUAUUAUUUGAAGCAUUCAGAUACUCAGGCCAACAUUGUUAAGGAUUUAGGAGAUUUAAGCACAGGCCCUGCACAACCAAUUUUACCAGCAUAUCCCAUGACAGUUUUUGGUAGACAAAAUAGAUCAUUUAAUGCCAAAUACUAUAAUGAGUUCAAGUGGAUUGAGUAUAGUAUAGAAAGAAAUGCUGUUUUUUGCUUUUGUUGUCGAAUAUUUGGAUGCAGUUCUACUGAUCAUGUUUUUACCAAAAGUGGUUUUACAAAUUGGAAAAGAUUGGGGACAAAAUUUUCAAAACACUCCAAGCUCAAUGCACAUGCAGCCACACAAACACAUUUAAUUAAUUUAGCUAAAAUGGAUGGACAUAAUUCUAGUAAGAUAACUGGUAAUAUUCUGUGUCAAGUAUCUAAUGCUCACAAAGAUUUUGUCCUAAAGAACAGAUCUUACUUAAAAACACUUAUAGAUAUUUUGUUAUAUUUGGGACGGCAAGGUAUUGCCUUCCGAGGAAAUAUUGAAAACAAGGAUUCCCUAAACAGAGGAAAUUAUUUAGAAGCGUGUAAAUUGAUGUGUGAACAUAAUCCACAAUUUAAACAAGUAUUUAAUGGAGAAAUAAACUAUACAAGUCCUUUGCUUCAGAAUGAACUGAUUGGAAUAUGUGCAGAAAAUGUUCGCAGUAUGAUUGUAACAGAAGUUAAAAAUGCUGGUAGUUUUUCAGUUAUGUGUGAUGAAGCUAGGUGCCAUAAACAGGAGCAGAUGUCACUUUGCAUUAGAUAUGCAAACAAAUUUGAAGAGUACAGACAGUAUUAUUCUUUAAGAGAACAUUAUCCUGAUGCCAUUUACAUUCAUUGCAUGGCACACAGAUUAAACCUCGUUGUUAUUAAUAUGUGCAAACAUGUAAAGUACUCCAAAACUGUAUUUAAUACAUUAGAGGCUAUUUAUGUUCAUUUUUCCACUCCAAAAAAAAACAAAAAACUGCAAGAUGUGCAAAAAAAAUUAAAAAUGAAUAAGUUAACUUUAUCAGCUAUUAGCGAUACUCGUUGGGUAUGCAGACAUAAAAACUGCAAAGCAGUUAUUGAAAGUUUUAGUUCAAUUGUUGAAGUUUUAGAACAUGAAGUUGAGGAGGACAAUGAUGGAGAUGUUUCUAGAGCUAUUGGUAUUUUAGCUACUAUUCAAAAAACAGAAUUUGUGGUAAAUUUACAUGUUAUGCACUUCGCAUUGGGUAUAAUAAAUGUUUUAAGUAAUAAGCUGCAAAAUAAAAUGGAAACAUUAGGCCAUGCUGCAAGUACUAUUGUAGGUGUUAUAGGAACAUUUGAAGAAAACAGAAAUUCUGAAUGUUUCUCAGACUUAUGGCAAUUAAUUGAAGAAUUUUCAGACAAGCAAAACAUAAAAUUAGAAUUGCCAAAUAAAAAUUUAAAAAGAAAAAGAAAAGAACCAGACUUAUUAAGAGAUUAUUGUUUAUCAACUACAACAGGUGCUGAAGAUAAUCUAAAUUUAAUCGAAACAGCCAAAGAUUAUUGGAUGUCUCAUGCUUAUUUUCCUGUUAUUGAUGCUAUAAUAAAUGAUAUGAAAACUAGAUUCUCUGUGGAAAGUUUAAAAAUGGCCAAGUCAAUUGAUACAUUUUUAGAUUUACAAUAUGAUAAGGAUUCUUAUUUUGUAAACCACUACAAGAUCUUAUUAAAAAUUGAAGAAGAUGAUCUGAAGUGUGAAUUAAAAGUCGCAAAAAAAGUUUAUGAAAAUCAAAAAGUUAACAACAGUAAAAAACAUAAUGAGCAACUUAAGUCUGUUAUUUCAUAUGAUACAUAUCCAAAUAUAUAUAAGUUGAUGCAUGUUGCAUUAGCUAUACCUAUAAGCUCGGCAACAUGUGAAAGAUCUUUUUCCUCUAUGAGAAGAAUAAAUACUUAUCUAAGGUCCAACAUGGAACAAGAUAGAUUUACCGAUUUAAGUAUUAUAAACAUAGAAAGAGAGUUAUCAAACCAAAUUGAUAAUGAACAAAUUUUAAACAAGUUUUCCGAGAAGGAAAGAAGGAUGCAAUUAUAA